GGUUCACUUAUGUCCCGGUGAUUGUAAAUUUGUAUAAAACAAUUUAUAGAAUUGUUAAUUAAUAUGUAAGAGUGAAAGAGCUGUAAUUUUUAAUUACUUUAAAUAGAUGUCAGUGAUCUACAUUAUUUAACUUGCACUGUACUGGUCUUUGGUUCUAAACACGCUCUUCCAGACUACUGUUUAUCAACUACAUAACCCCUGCCUGCUUUAUUUAAAAAUGUCUUCCAGAGAAAAAUCCAUUAGCAUCAGUACAACACUCAGUAUACCGUCCACAUCAACUCAAGGCAGUAACUCCACGCCGAUUCAGUCACCCAUUGACAAUUUUAUAUUCGAUAUGGUGGCCGCUGUCGCCCCGGAUUUCUCGAUAUGCAGCAACUGUGAACUCAAUAAUCCAUCUUACUCGAAAUGCAUCGACUGCAACGAAAACUUGUGCGACACUUGCGUUGGAGCACAUCAGAUGGUACGCGUGACGAAAGACCACAAAAUCACGGGCCGACGCAGUUUAAAUGGGUCUUCCUCUCAAUCGAGUACCAUUUCUGGUCAUUCUGAAUAUUCUCAGGGAAGUAGCGUGCAUCCGGUCAACGAUAUAGUCUCUCAGCUACUGGCUCCAAGCACUUCCACCUUGAGCACUUCACCACUCUCAUCUCAUCAUACAAGUUGCGAUAAACACAAUAACCCAUUUCGUUUCUAUUGUCGCCUCUGCGUUUCACCUUUGUGCAAUACGUGCUAUUUUGAACAUCAAACUCAUUCCGUUACAUACAUUAACGACGGUUUGGAAGCAGCGCUGGAUACAUCUAGUAAAUUAAUUACCGACACUCAGGCUAUGUGUAUCACUCUAAGGCAAGCACUGAGCUGCGUGCAACAUAUGUACGAAAGGGUGGAAUUUAGAGCAAUUGCAACUACGAGGGAAGUCCGAAAUGUGAUAAAAAAAUACAUUGCUGCCUUCGAAGCGCGAGAAAUAGAACUAUUGAAAUUGAUCGACCAGGGUCGAGCCGUCAAACUAAAAAUUCUAGGUAAUCAAAUGGAAAACAUCCGUACAGUUUACACUAGAUUGACAAGGGCUACCGAGUUCCUAAACGAAUGUUCAAAAUCUCCGACAAGUUACGAUCUUAUGGUAGCUAAUCAGCAAGUUAACAAAGAACUAAAGCAAGCAUAUACAUUGGGAUCUUCGUUAAUGCCAUGUGAGGAUGACGGCUUCUUAUUUAUCCCGCCAAAUGAAUCAAUUUUUGACGCUAUCGGUUCUAUUGGAAAGUUAAUGAUUACAUCGUCAACAAGCAAUCUCAGCUCUGGAACUGGACCACAGCAACAGCAAUUGGGUUCUUCACCCACAAAUAAUAUCACCGGCGUUCUUACAAAAGCAAAAUUUCGACCAAUCUAUGGAGUCACCAAUAUCGUUAUUGUAAAGGAUGUAGGCCCCAACCCUUCUAUCGUUUUUGGUGGUGAAGGUGAAAAGGACGGCGACUUGUGUCGUCCAUGGGGUAUAGCUCAAAACCGUUUUGGAGAAUAUAUUGUUGCAGACAGAAGUAAUAACAGAAUUCAGGUAUUCGAUAAAACCGGAAAGUUUCUAUUUAAAUUCGGUCAACAAGGUACAGCACCUGCUCAAUUCGAUAGACCAGCAGGUGUAGCGGUGAAUCCUCAGGAUGAAAUCGUUGUGGCUGAUAAAGAUAAUCACCGAAUACAAGUUUUUAUGAAAGAUGGUACACAUCUAUUCUCAUUCGGUGAAAAAGGUACGCAGAUAGGCCAGUUUCAAUAUCCAUGGGACGUGGCGUGUGAUUCAGUAGGAAACAUUUUAGUAUCAGACACUCGCAAUCACCGCAUACAACUUUUUACAUGGAACGGUAUAUUUGUGGCCAAGUACGGAUUUGAAGGUCCAUCAAAUAUGUGGAAACACUUUGAUUCACCAAGGGGAGUUUGUUUCCAUCCCUGUGGUGAUAUAGUAGUUACUGACUUCAAUAACCAUAGACUCGUGAUAAUCAAUCCCUCCCUAAAUAGAGCCAGAUAUAUUGGAGUAGAGGGUAGUGAGUAUGGACAAUUUAUUCGUCCUCAGGGAGUUAUUUGCGACGACAAGGGCAACAUUGCGGUUGCAGAUUCGAGAAACAAUCGUAUUCAAGUAUUUAGUGAAAAUGGCGAAUUCUUGUGGGCUGUGGGGCAAUUGGGUAAAGAUCAAGGAGAUAUGGAUCGGCCAAGUGGCAUAUGUCUCACUCCGGAAGGACGCAUAUCUGUGGUGGAUUUUGGUAACAGUCGCGUCCAAACAUUUUGAUCACAAUGGUGCGCAUUUAAUAAAGUGAUCAUUAUUAAUGGUUCAUUCAUAUUUCUUUAAUAAUUAAAUCAUCUGCAAUUAUUUGAAUUAUCAAACUUCUUUUUAAGACAUUUGAUGUAAAAUAUACGCUUAUUUUUAGAAAUUUUAUAGGGAAUAACUUUUGCAUAAGACUGAGAAAGAAGUCUGAAAACAAAUUAAAAAAUAAAUAUGUUCCUAGGAAAAAUAUUUUUCUUGUGUAACUCGUGCAAGUUUAUAUGAAAGACAUUUGAUGUCGGUUUUUAUACUUUUAAGUGGUUUAGACAAUGCUGAGGACUGCUAUAUUUGUUGUUUUUUGUAAUUAUCAGCUUAGAGUGGUAUGCAAUGCGAAAUAUAUUAUUGUUGGCCGUGCCCAGGUGAUACCUGUGUAUAGUUUAUGAGAUUUGUAUAUUAAUGGAAUUGAAUAUCUUCCUCAUAUUCAAACUGUCCCACAAGUAAUUCAACAUCCUCUUAACCAGAAGUACAAAUACUGUUUACUAUGCUUAUCUGUGUACCAUGCAAUUGCAUUGUCAGAAUACAAAUUUUGCAAGCCUUGGAUAGUUGAAAUCUCAGGAAUAUUUUUGAAAAGACUGAAAAAU